AUGAACCCUCGACCGGAUAUUAGUUCUGCAUUUAUUGCACCAGUGGAUCUCCAAGCCUAUCCAAUGUACAGCACCGUUGUUGCAUAUCCAACUGAUCUCAGUACCAUCAAACAGAGGCUAGAAAACAGAUUCUACAGGCGCCUGUCUUCAUUAAUGUGGGAGGUGAGAUACAUUGAACACAACACCCGUACAUUUAAUGAGCCUGGAAGUCCUAUUGUAAAAACUGCAAAAUUCAUCUCAGAUGUUCUGCUUCAUUUUAUCAAGGACCAAACUUGUUAUGACAUAAUUCCGCUUUAUAACAGCAUGAAGAAAAAGAUCUUGUCAGACUCUGAAGAGGAAGAAGAGAAAGAUGCAGAUGUUCCUGGAAUCUCCACUAGAAAAACAAAGGAAUAUCAACCGAAGCGUAAAUUGCGCAAUAGAACUCAAUCGUAUGAUUUGCAAUCUUGGAAGAAGCAAUGUGAGGAGCUAUUAAACCUAAUUUUCCAGUGUGAAGACUCUGAACCAUUUCGACAGCCAGUUGACCUUCUUGAGUACUCUGAUUAUCGAGCCAUAAUUGAUACACCAAUGGAUUUUGGAACCGUAAUAGAAACUUUAGAAGCUGGAAACUAUGUGUCUCCAAUAGAAUUGUGUAAGGAUGUGAGACUUAUUUUCAGCAACUCUAAGUCAUAUACUCCAAGCAAAAGAUCAAAG